GUACAUUUCACUGUGAAAGAUCUCACAGUAAGAGUAGAAAAAUGGAGAUGGCAAAAUAUAGAACAAUGAUGACAUUGCUCUUCAGCAUUGGGAUCUUUUCUCAAGUGUGUGAUUCAGAUGUGAAAUGUAGGGAUGACAGCGGAAACGAGGUGGACUGGUAUAUUUUUAUACAAGUUGCCCAAAGGAGAUGAUGAGGGUUUGUCAUAUCUGUACAUGGAUGAGGGAACCAGAGGAUGGGAACUCAGCAAAAAGACAAUCAACAGUAAAUCUGGCACUCUAGCGAACACCCUGAAACCUCUUCUUGACUUCUACGACAGAAAGAUUGAAGGCUUUGGAUACAUGCUUUAUAACGAUCAACCUCCAGAUCCGUAUGUUGCUCCUGCAUCAUUUGGCCACAGUAAAGGAGUCGUGAUGUUGGACAGACAAACUGGAGUUUGGCUCUCACACAGUACACCAAAAUUUCCAACAUAUCGCAGCAAAGACAUCUGGCCGAAAAGUGGAAGCAUCAAUGCUCAAACAUUUAUGUGUGUGACUUUUUCCUAUGAUAAAUUCAAAGAAAUAGGACUGCAGCUCAUGUACAUCCAUGUUUAUUCAUAUGACUCUGACAUCCCAAAAACCUUCCACAAUGAGCUGCGAUGUGUUGCACAAAGAAGCUGCUACCCAAAGAUUGAACCCUGGUUUAGAGUGACGAUGCUGACUUCAAUGAAAGGACGUGGAUUCUCCAGCUUUGCGAAAUACACACGUUUUAGGGACGAUCUUUACUCCGGCCUUAUUGGAAACUAUCUGAAGCAGAAUCUGUAUGUCAAGAGUUGGGGAAAGAUGCAUGACCCUCUGCCUUCUAACUGCAGUAUCCCUUAUUAUGUGUACAAUGUGAAGGAAGUAAGGCUGGAGGGGAAGCCCAUCAGUGAUACUGUAGAUCACUCCAAGUGGUGUGUGACGCCUGUUGGUGGCUGGACCUGCAUUGCUGAUUUGAACAGAGAAGUUAGUCAGAUGAAAAGAGGUGGCGGUGCAAUAUGCACUAAAGACUUUGCAGUUGCAAAAGUAUUCAGUGUCAUAAUCACACGGUAUGAACUAUGUUAACUUGCACCUCCACUUAAUCUCAAGGUGGUCAACACGAUGAACAACCUUCAUCCAAAUGUAAACAAAAGGAAAGGUGAACUACCAAAUGCAAAUGCAAACACCAGCUCAAAUCUCAGUGGCUUACAGCUGGGACAUCAGCCUGCAAUCGCAAAAAGAUUGGCUCAACAAAAACUGCACUGCAACAGUGUUUGCGCCAUGCUGACUGAAAAAGUUGUCAUCAUGUUUUAAUAAUCAAUAUAUAAUGUUCAUGGGUGGAAAAAUUGCAUUCAAUGGUAAAUGCUUACAAUUACAA